AUGGGACGUAUAACAGUUGAUCUACUGCGUCGCCGUGCAGAGCAUAAUGAGGGAUGUCUAAGCAAUUUGAAAGAAAUCGCUCUUCACCAGCAAGACAUAGAAAAGAUUGAGGUGAUAGGCGAUGUCUGCCGUGAGUUGGAAAUUCUUUACCUCUGCAAUAACUACAUUUCACGAAUUGAAGGGUUGCAUCACCUUAAGUCUCUCAAGUACUUGAAUCUGGCAGUUAACAACAUCACAACUAUUGAGGGUCUUGAGGGAUGUGAAUCUCUUGAACGUUUAGAUCUCACACUUAAUUUUGUAUCAGAUAUAACAUGUGUACAACGAUUGCAAGCAAAUGCAUUUUUAGAACAGCUGCAUUUAACAGGUAAUCCAUGCACCAAAAUAUCUGGUUAUCGCGCCUACAUCAUUCACACACUUCCUCAACUCCGUGAACUUGAUGGUGAGGAAGUAGUACGCUCUGAGCGUCUAGAGGCACGGCAAUGCAGUAGUGAAGUCACAACAGUUGUGGAUGAAGAGGCAUUACGGGUACGGGAAGCGGAGCGUAUUAAAGCAGAGAUGAUUGCACAGGGGAUUGAUGUCUGUCCACCACGGUACAAUGAAAAGGGUGAACGGUUGUACGGCCAUACACCAGAAGACCGUCUGCAAAUGCUGCGGGAGAAGGAGGAGGAGGAACGGGCUAAAAAGAAAGAACCGGAACCGGGUAGUAUAGGAGCACUCCAUGCGGAGAUGAACAAGAAAUCUCAACGCCUUACAGUAGAGGAGGAAAUUGCCAAGUACGGAAGACUGCUGCUUCGGAAUGAGCCUAAGCUUCCCUUCGUGCUGGACGAACACAGUGACGAAGAGUCAAUUAUACUCACAGUGGACAUACCAAAGUUCCUCUCUACCACACUUAUUGACGUACAGGUGGAGGUGGACUACAUUCGCGUUAUGGUGAAAGGUAAACUCAUUCAGGUCCCACUACAGCGUCAGAUUGCUCCUUCCUCAGCAGUUGUACAGCGUGCUGCGGUAACAGGAACACUCAAAAUCAGAGUGCCAUACGCGCCUCAUAUACUACAAGAAAUACAAGAAGCGAAGAAGAAGCGUCAACGCUUGUAUGGCCACUGUAGUGAGAAAGAAGAUGAAGAGAUAGUAGAAUGA